ACAGUUUGUUAUCUAUGUUUAUAAUAUACCAUGUUUAUAAUAUAGCCUUUAUUUUGGAAUCUUAACCGAUGGCUUUUGUGAUGAAUUUCGUGUUCUUUUUAUUAAUACUUUUCAUUUGCAAUUCCCGUUGUCAUGCGCAUGGAAAUGCGGAGACGCCACAGAAGCGACUGGUGUACCACAGUGACGUGGAUGUAGCACAGGAGUUUGCAAAACUUAGACAGGAACUUCAGGAGCAGAAGAACUUGAUUAAUAAUUUGACUGAAAAACUAAGCAAGACAUCGUCAGAUUCAGGAUCAACGUACAUAAGAUGGGGCCGCACAACGUGUUCUGGCAAUGGGACAGAAAUAAUUUAUUCAGGAUAUAUGGGUACUUCAUCCGAUUAUCAACAGGUAGGCACGGGUUCGAACUAUCUAUGCCUUACAGGUGACCCCCAAUGGGACCAUUACGAAGAAUCUAUAGUGAGUUUGGGUAAAAUAGCUGGAGUGGAGUAUCAAUUUUGGAAUCACCGAGGAAAUGGGGCCAGCAAUUUCUUUGGGUAUGACGUGUACAACGAUGACGCACCAUGCGUUGCUUGCCACACACAUAGAGGUUCUAACAUCAUGAUUCCCGGCAGAACGGAAUGUUACAACGGCUGGACUAAAGAAUAUAGCGGGUACCUUGUAAGUGGCUUCGUGGGCCAGAGUCAUGAUUCAGAAUUUAUAUGUCUGGAUAGAAGACCGGAAGUUGUGGUUGGGGGCAAGACGGAUGAUCAGGAAGCUAUGCUGUAUUUUGUGGAAGCAGUCUGUGGUAAGAGCCUUGAGUGUCCACCAUACAUAAACGGACGAGAACUGACUUGCGUAGUUUGCUCAAAAUAGGUAUAAAAUGAGAGAAAAAAUCUUUUACUUACAGACGUGAAAAACAAUCCUUUGUAACGAACGUUUAAUAUACAGUAAAUUCCGUUUAUAACGAUAUUCAGGGAAGUGUCGAAUUUAUAUCUACAUAUCCGGAUAUCGUUAUAUCCAAAUAUCGGUAUAUCCGACGAACAACCAAUUUGAAAACAGGAAGUGGAAGCGUUUGAUUUGUAUUGAAAACAGUUUAUUGUCAUUGGUUAUAAUUGUUUAAGUGUCAUAUACUUUUGUAUAGAAUCGUUAUCAGAUGAUAUAAGUGUACUCUGUAAUAUUAAAGUAAAAAUCUAGUAAGUUA